UAAGCCGGAGGACUUCCUACGCGGAAUUCGCGCGCGCCGCUAUUCCCAUUUGGCGCUCUUUCGAUCUGCUUCAUUCAGUUUCCACCUGGAGGUUGUCCCGUGGCGAGCACCGUCUCCACGCAACGCAGCAACGAAUCGCGAAAGCGCGCGCACUUUUUUUUUCCUAUCGUUUCAUUUUCAAAAUUGAAUACAACAUUCAGAUAUGCAGAGUCGUGCCCACGCAGUGCCGGACGAUGGUGACAUUUGAAUAAUUAAUUGCUAAACGAAGUCCCUAAAUAAACUUGAAUUUUCAAAAUAAAAACGCCGCAUAGAAUGAUCGUUCUUUGCUUAUUCAGUGAUUAAUUAAAGUAUAAUUAUGGCUACAGCAAGGGCGAGACGAAGGGACGAUGGGUGUUGCAGUGCAAAUUUCCUCAAAUACGUCCUUCACAUUUACAAUGUAUUCUUCAUGGUUGCUGGUCUUUUGGUGUUGGGUACAGCGAUUUGGGUCCUCCUGGACAAGUACAAAUACGUAGCCCUACUAACGACGGCCACUUAUCCAAUCAUUACUUACUUCCUUUUAGCAGCCGGAGGAUUGGUUUUAGUUGUUACCAUUAUCGGCUUUUGCGCCGUGUCCAAAGAAAACAGACCUCUCCUCCUUUUGUAUAUAUUUUGCCUUCUCCUGAUUUUCUUAAUUGAAGCCAUGGUGGGAAUACUUGCGUACAUUUACCAAGAACAAGUUCACGACGAACUCGUGCUGAAUCUCAAUGGAACGUUGAACGCCAAUUACGGCAUUAACGAAGACAAAACUGCGGCCAUAGAUUUCCUUCAGGAUUCGUUUGAUUGCUGCGGUGCUGGCAAUUACAUGGAUUGGGAAUCGAGCAGAUGGCGGAUGGAGAACAAAUCCGGUAUCAAUAUUGUGCCUGAUUCGUGCUGCAAAACUAUCACUGUUAAUUGCGGCAAACGGACGCAUCCAUCUAACAUCAAUUAUUCGGGUUGUUUGGAUCGUAUGGAAGAUCACAUGAAAGGACAUUUAAUUAUUUUAAGCGCUGUAGGAUUAGGUAUAUGUGUACUCCAAAUAUUUGGUAUAGUUUAUGCGUUUUCGCUUUAUUGUAAACUCAAAGAUUUUACUGAUGUUCAUCUUUAAGUUUUUUAUAAUUUAUUUAAAAUAAAUUUAACCCACAUAUUCCCGCAUAUUAUUUAUAAAAUAUCCA